UUGUUUGUUUGGCUUUAUUUCCAACUUCCCCAUGAACAUAUUUGACAGCUCACUGUCCCUGUCAGCGCAGGAUCCCAGCAGAAACCCGGGCUGGGGCUGUGCUUCCUGCCCCAAGGGAGGCUUCCCAGGAGCGCGAGGGAUUUACCGACCGCCGCCUUUCCUUCCCUGUCCCUUGCGGUGUCCCGCCGAGAGCCAUGUGCAGUGGCAAGCUGCAGACAGGUUUGCUGGUGGCCGGCUACUUCGUCUACUUGCUGGUGGGUGCAGCCGUGUUCCAGGCGCUGGAGAGGACUGCUGAGAAGCAGCAGAAAAUGGCAGCAGCCCAGAUGAAGGAGGCUUUUCUGCAGAACUUCACCCACCUCACCGUGGCGGAGAUAGAGCAGUUUAUGAAGAACCUGACUGAAGCAAUUCAGAACGGAGUAUAUCCUGUUGGAAAUGAAUCACAGAUUGAAAAGAGCAACUGGGAUUUCAGUAACUCCUUCUUCUUUGCAGGCACGGUUGUCUCCACAAUAGGCUAUGGCACACUACGCCCUAAAACUGCUGGGGGACAGAUCUUCUGUGUCUUUUUUGCUCUGUUUGGAAUCCCUCUGAACAUUGUUUUUCUGCACCGUGUCGGUAAGAUGCUCUCACUGCUGUGUAAAAAGCUGGAGAAAUUCCUGUACGAGAAAGGAAUGAGAAAGAAGAACAAAUUUCUGACCCUUUUGUUCUUCCUGGUGACGGGGAUGCUAGUGUUUCUGUGUUUGCCAUCACUCUUCUUCCACAUAACAGAGGGCUGGUCCUACAGCGAAGGAAUUUACUUUGCAUUUAUCACCCUCAGCACCAUCGGCUUUGGCGAUUAUGUAGUAGGAAAACAACCUGACAGGAAUUAUUUUUCCUACUACCGAACACUGGUGGCCAUUUGGAUUCUUUUUGGCCUUGCCUGGAUUGCUCUCCUGUUUAAUUUAUUAACAACGGUACUGGAAGAUACUGAAAAAAUAAUUGCCAAGGAUCUCCAUCAAAUAGGAAAAGUGAGUGAGGGUGAAGCAAGUCAACAAAGAAGAUGCUGGCCUGCUCGGUUUAUUCGAGAAGAAGAAAUGCAACCACCACAUGCUGGAGGGGCUGCACAGAAAAUGGAGUCAUUAGCAGCAGGUUCUGAACACCCAGAAAAUGAAAAAAAUGUUCUUUCUUAUGGCAAAAAUAUUUCCAUAACAUAUAAGGAUUGAAUUCUUCAUUGGAGAUUUGCUAGCAUAUUAUUCUAAAAAAAUUCCUAUGGAAAUAAUCUUUCUCCUGCCUUUUGCUAAGAUACGACCUUUCAGAACUCAAGAUUAAAGUUACACAAAACAAGACUAUUAGUGGUAAGACAUUUGCUCCUCAGUUUGUCCCCAGGUUGUGCUAACAACCUGACAAUUGCACUGGUUUUGCAAGGCUUCUUUAAGGUUCUUCGAAAAAAAUGCAGAGGAGGCACAUGGUAGAGCUUGCUGGUUCUGCUUGGGUUUUGCUGCUUGCAAAAAUCCACAUCUGUUCCAAGAACUGACAUGCACAAGCUUUUCUGAGGCAUUUCAUAGCACCUUUGGAGAAAGAAAUAAAGGGAUGUAACUUAAUAAUGCCUGAUUUGAGCUGUCAUAUUGAAUAAGCCUGCUGGACUUGAAAGACAUGUUAGAAAGGCAGGACCUGGGCUCAGUUAGGGGGCACAGGAGGCAUCUAAUGGACAGGGUUAGAAAAAGGUUAGCUGUGUUAGGAAUGGUUUAUUCUACCUCUUCCUAUUUUACACUAAGAUGAGUAAAGCCAAUUUCGCCUUUUAUCCCUGUGGCUUUGUAAAAACCUUUCUGAUGGUGCUUAUAAAGAGCGUAUAAACAUAUUCAUUUAAUUCAGUUUUUUGUAGCGUUUUAGGAGAACAGUGACUGGUUUGAAUGGAGGAGUCCUCGUUGCAUCAGAGCCUUGCUGCUAUGUUUGUGUUCCACAGCUGCUCGAAUGUCGUUUAAAAAUGAUCCCAUUGCGCAGUGCUGAGGUAGCUUGCCAAGCACGAUCGUUGUCCAAACAGUGCAGCCUUAUCGUCAACCGAGUGAAACACAGAUCUCAAAUCUGAA